AUGAAUCAAAAUUUUUUUUCCACCACUGCUUUAAAUUUUGGAUUGGAAGUGCUUGAUCAGAUUGACGUUUCGAAGUCUCUUGUAUUCUCUCCGAUUCUGCUAAUGUUAACAACCAUGAUGAAGGAUGGUGAAAAAUGCUCAAAAGAGUUGCAAAGCUCUGUAAAAGGACUCAGCUUUGAGCAACAUUCCAAUGAAGCAAACGCAAUCUUCAAAGCCGUCUGGAGAUACAGGCACCUGAGCAAAGGCCAGAUCAAUUUUCAAAUAGAAAAUGGAGGAAGCAAACUGUUCAGCUUAGUUUCAGCAAAUGAGACUUUGGCAGAAGACCUGGCUGGUAAAAAUAUCGGAUUUAAAUUCAAUGAAGAUUCUGAUUUUAAGAUGCUUGUCGUACCACUGAAAUAAAAAACAAUUCAACCUUAGCAAUUUUUAUGCCAAGAAGAGCAGCUACUGACUUGAAAAAUCUGACUGUUCGAAAUAUUCAAAAUCUGCGCAGCAACCCAAGAACAAGUUAUAUCUACUUCCGACUUCCAUACUUGCAUACACAUUCCAAAAUCGAUGUGGCUACAAGACUGAAAUUUAAACCAGUUCGCUCGAAACUUCACAAUUUCAGGUUUAAGUUACAAAGACCUGCGGAGAAUGAUUAUGAAUCAUCAAAAGAAUACCACGAACCGUUUUUGAAAAGACCUCCCGAUAGAAUUCCAUAUUUGUUCAAUGCUUCCAGUACUUUUUUGUAUAUUGUUUUUCAAAAUGAUCUUCCAAUUGUUAUGGGUGUCUUUACUGGUGAAUAA